AUGUACCUGCCCGACUGCGGUCCCCAUCUCCCUGUGCUCACUCUUCACAAGAUGUUAGAGGUAAUCCGUGUGUUAAUGAAGCAGAGUGGUUCCGAGCGGGCUGAGGAGUCACCGAGGACCUCUCUGGGGAGGAGGAGCAACAACAGUCCCACUGAGGUUAUCCCAGAGGCGCUGGGAGCAGAUGGCUGUGAGCGGGAGACAGAGGCGUUGGUGACGGAGCCGAGCCGAGACACGCAGCCCCCAGUGAAGGCCGAGGUACAGCAGCAGAAGGAAGGGGAGGCUGGACUCUGA